UUAAGUUUCUGCUUCCGUCGCUUUUCACCGUCCAAAUUAUUUCGUCGCCAAUUUCUACACGAACCAGAAAACCUCCAAGUCUCUCUGUCUCUCAUCGUCGCCGGAGAUUUUCCACCGGAAAAUCAAGAAAUGUCCUGUGAUUUCGCAGGUCGAGUGGAGCAGGGGCUCCAGCUCUCGAGGAGGAUAUACUACGGCAAGGGUGUGGCUCUUCCUCCUCCGGUGAUCCCGGAGCCACCGCCGGCAAGAUCGCCGCCGGAGAAUUUUCUUCCGACGGCAGUGACUGCGUACUCAGCGAUCUACGAUCCGGUGGCGGUGGACAACCCCGACGUUCCGAGCUAUCAGCCGUACGUCCACGCUCGGUGCGAUCCACCGGCGCUGGUGCCGCUGCAGAUGCUCGCGGCGGAGGUGAGGGUCGAUUGUUGGUUAGACACGGCCGUUGUGACGUUUAUCGGCCGGUGGCGCGUGCACUGCCUCAUGGCUUGUAGACGCGCCGAUUGCUGCAUCGCCGUUCCUAUGGGGGAGAAGGGUUCACUUCUUGGUGCCGACAUUGAUAUCCUUAGCGAGGGAAGAUCUUACAAGACCAAACUGGUCACAGAGGAAGAACUGGCAGAGGUCGAAAACAGCCACAGAGACAAAGAUUCGCGCUUCGUCAAACCUCACAUUUACACUUUCAAGAUCCCACAGAUUGACGGAGGAUCGAUCUUUUCGGUUCAAGUCACUUGGUCUCAGAAACUACUCUAUCUCGGCGACGGCCAGUUUCACCUCACUGUUCCUUUCAGAUUUCCGGCGUAUGUGACGCCAUUUGGUAAGGACAUAACAAAGAUGGAAAAGGUUGUCUUGAAUAUGAACUCGGGUCUCGCGGGUGAAAUCGCAUUCAGUUGCACCAGCCAUCCUUUGAAGGUGGUGCACCGUGAAGUUGGUAGAUUGAACUGUCUGUAUGAAGCAGAAGUAGCAGCUUGGUCGAGGAACGAUUUCGACGUUUUGGUCAAUGUUUCUUCUGGUGAAUUGAGUGGUAAUGUGUUAAACAUGUCUCCUUCCCCAUGGGAUUCCGAUGACAGAGGGAUGUUUUGCUUAUAUAUUUUGCCCAGAACAUCCCCACAUAGGCAGGUUUUCAAGCGAAAAGUCGUGUUUUUGAUUGACGUAAGCGGAAGCAUGCAAGGAAUGCCCCUCGAGAAUGUGAAGAAAGCGAUGUCCGCUUCCUUAUCUAAGCUCAACCCUGAAGAUGCAUUCAACAUCAUCGCUUUCAAUGAAGACAUUCGGCUUUUCUCUCCAUCAAUGGAGCUAGCGACUGCUGUAUCAGUCUCCACAGCGAAUCAGUGGCUCGAUAGUAAUCUAAUAGCGAGCAGCGGAACAGACAUCAUGCUUCCCUUGAAACAGGCAAUGAAGUUGCUUGAAGGAAGGACAGACGUUAACGCGAUCUCUCUUGUCUUCCUUGUGACUGAUGGAUCUGUCGAGAAUGAGAGAGAAAUAUGCAAUGCCAUGAAAGGGUACUGUUGCAGGAGCGGAGGCAUGAUUCCUCCUCGAAUUUGCACCUUUGGCAUAGGUUCGUUUUGCAACCAUUAUUUCUUGCAAAUGCUGGCACGGAUAGGGAAGGGUUACUACGAUGCGGCUUUGGAUACGGAUUCUAUCGAACAUCGGAUGAAGAGACUGUUCGAAACAUCUUCUUCGACUAUCGUAGCCAAUACCACUUUGGAUGCUCUGAAACUUCUCGGUUCAGUCGAGAUGUUCCCCUCUCACAUUCCAGACCUCACAAUGGGAGAUCCAUUGAUAGUAUGGGGAAGAUACAAAGGGCAGUUCCCAGAUUCUGUGGAGGUACGAGGAACAUUGGCGGAUACGAACUGUUUUGUCAUGGAGUUGACAGUGCAGAAGGCCAAAGACAUGAUCAUGCCACUUGAUAAGGUGCUUGCGAGGAGACAAAUCGAUGAACUCACAGCUCGUGCGUGGUUUGAAGACAGGAAAGAGAUUCAAGAGAAGGUAAAAAAACUAAGUAUAGAGACAGGAUUCCCAUGCGAAUACACGCCGAUGGUUCUAUUCAAGCAGGAGGAUGAGAAGAUCAUCUCCAAGCCACUUUCCAUAAAAGAGAUUCUGAGGAACCCUCCGUACGAAAUCCAGAAACACAUGCAGAAGAAGAGCGAGAAGAGCAUGGUGAUGGGAACGCAGUCGCGGGGCUUCGGAAACGCAGACGCGACCGCGAAAAACGUACCGUCGGGGAGGGAAGAACGAAGGGAAGCGGAAGGAGCGGAGAAGCUGGUGAGGGCGGUGUCGAGACUGGGAGAUCGCGUUUGCUGCAUGUGCUGUCUGCGUUGCGUUUCGGGAGUGAACGAUCAGUGUACGAUUGUCUUCUCUCAGAUCUGCGCUGCUCUGGCUUGCUUCGAGUGCCUCAAUUGCUGUUUUGAAGUCUGCGGCUGUCUUGAUGUCUGAAUUUGUAUAUAUAUAUAUAUAUAUGGAAUUUAAAUGCAAUGUUUAAAAGUGAGGGGAAAAUAACGUAUCUGUAUGUAUGUUUAUAUAUAUACAUACAUUGUUGUAAUAUAUAUAUGUAUAUGUA